GUGAGACGUUCCCGGCUGACAGUCCCUGUGCCGUGGAUAUCCGUUUUGUUCGCCUGUCUUCCCUGGUCCUCUACUCCUGUUUCCUGCCGUUAGUUUGUGUGUGCACCUGUUCGUCCUGGUCUCCGUCGUCAUCACUCCUCUUCGCUUAUUGACAGCCGACAUCCAACCUGUAACUUCAUUUUGGAGGUGGAGAGAAACCAGGUGGAGUGUCUGAAGAGGCUGAGGGAGGAGGAGGCCGCCGGCAGCCAUAAAGAGCUGGGAUGCAAAGGAGCCUGGGACAACAUAGCAUGCUGGGAGCGAGCUGAGAUUGGAGAGAUGGUCACCAUCUCCUGCCCUGAGGUCCUCAGGGCUGUAUUCGGCAGAAAUGGUAAUAUUAGCAGGAACUGCACGUCAGCAGGAUGGUCAGAUGUUUUCCCAAACAUCACCAGUGUGUGUGGAGCGGACACGAGCCACGAGAAGCUGGUCUUCUACGUGGUCGUGCAGACGUUGUACACUCUGGGUCACAGUCUGUCUCUGAUCGCCCUCACCACAGGCAGCGCCAUCCUCUGUUUGUUCCGGAAGCUCCACUGCACCAGGAAUUACAUCCACCUCAACCUCUUCUUCUCCUUCAUCCUGAGAGCCGUGGCUGUGUUGGUGAAAGACUACAUCCUCUUCAACCGCACCUUGCAGUGCUCCAGCCAGCCAUCACUGGUAGGAUGUAAAGCCAGCCUGGUGUUUUUCCAUUACUUCAUCAUGGCCAACUUCUUCUGGCUGCUGGUGGAGGGCCUGUACCUCCACACUCUGCUUGUGGUGUUCUCUGAGAACAGACACUUUACUGUCUACAUGUUCAUCGGCUGGGGAAUCCCCACGGUGUUCGUCUUUGUGUGGGUAAUGACAAGGAUUUAUCUGGAAGACACAGGAUGCUGGGAGAGAAAUGACAACCCCAUACCCAACUGGGUGAUCAAUGGACCAAUCGGAGUGUCCAUCAUGGUGAACUUCACCCUGUUCAUCAGCAUCAUUCGGAUCUUAGUUCAAAAGCUGAGGUGUCCUGACGUGGGUGGCAAUGACCAAUCACAGUACAGGAGGUUGGCCAAAUCCACUCUCCUUCUGAUCCCCCUGUUUGGCAUCCACUACGUGGUCUUUGUUUCUCCCAGUGAAUCCAUUGCAGAAGAUUAUAAAAUAUUCUUUGAUCUGGCUCUUGGAUCCUUUCAGGGGCUUGUGGUGGCCAUUCUCUAUUGUUUCCUGAACACAGAGGUUCAAGGUGAGCUGAAGAGAAAGUGGCGUAGCAUGUGUCUGAACUGCCACCUGAGCAGAGCUCACCACCCCAACAGCACCUUCACCUCCAGGAACGGCUCAGAGCACAUGGUGCAGUUUCACCACAGCUCCAGGACCCAGUCCAUCCUGCAGUCAGAGACCACAGUGUUGUGAGGUCCUGGGGGACCUGGAAUUCACACAUUACAAAUACACUCUCCAGGUUGACCUGAGUCUAAUAAUGUUAACCUGUACCACAUGAGUGGGACAUAAACCCAGUUUGACAGCAGAUUUUGGCUUUAGCUUUAUGAAUCUUUGUGAGCCUUAAAGAUGUCCCUGAAUUGAACCUAAAGUGAGUCUGAUCUGUUCCAUAAGGCUGUGCUUAUCUUUGCUGCCAACAAAGAGCUGUUUUAUUACACAUUUUUAUGUCAUGUCAGACGUGUAAGCUGAGAAAGGCAGCCUUCAUCUGGAGAGGGGGUAUUUCACCAGGACCGGUACACAUGGGAAUGGUAAGAUAUAUAUGUACUUUGAUUUAUGUAUCUAUAAAUGUAAGAGUUUGAAAAAAUAUAUAUGUGUGUGUGUGAGUGUAAUCAACCAAGCAGCAGCUUCCUGAGAAGUCUGUAUAGUGUAUCAACUUGUGUUACCUGUGAGUCACUGGUCUUCAGACAAUAUUUUCUAAAAGGCCGGUUUUCAUUCCAGCUCAUAUACAGCAGUUUUCUUUCUUGUAAGUAUGCAGAAAACUUUGCCCGCUUGUUACUUUAAGAUGUGUUUUCUGGUUCAAAGGGGCCACAUCCACCCAUCUGAUACCUGAAGCUUGUUAGAAUAACUGCCAGAAUGAAUCACAAAGGCAUUUUGACCCAGGUCAGCACAUGAUCCCAGGUUGUUUGCGUUUGUGGUAAAAACUGUGGUACAAACCGGGUCGUUUUAUACUCAUGCAGAAUCUAACUUGUUCUGACAAACUGAUAUUUCUAGCAUACAUUUGAUGAACAGAAAUUAAUGAAUUGAGAAGUACUGUGCAUGCCCCAGAUCCUGCGUUCAAGUGAAACAGUGCAGGCCUGGAGUAUUUUCGUUUUAUAAAAGGUGCCAUCUGCAUAACAGCAAACAUCUGAGCAUCAUCUGCACAACAUGACAACUAUUCUGCUCACAGAUGAUGUCCCCAUGCAUGCAGAUAGAAAACAGUGGAGGGCCUAGGAUUAAACCUUGUGGAACAUCGCAUUUUAAAUGGGCUGAGAAAGAGCCCUGUGCAGUACCUUGUACAACAGCAAAGUACAGAAGAUUUGUUUGACCUAUACGUUUUGGUUUCAGGGUCACGGAAUGUAUUGAAAAAUAUGUCCCCUUUAAAGCAUAUUACCUCUUGCAAACAGACAUAUUUUCAUAUAUGGGUUUCUUUGCAAUUGUAAGUACUUAAUGUGUUUUCAUUAUUGGCUUAUCUGCUGAUUACUUUUUCAGUACAAUUUUUAGAAAUUGAUUUUAUUGAUUUAACUGAUUUUAUUUUCAUGAACCUAUGCUGAAGUCCUCACAUCACUUUUUUCUGAGUCAUCCAUCCUUCCAUUAUCUAUACUGUUUAUCCUGAAGAGGGUCACGGAGGGGCUGGAGCCAAUCC